AAAACUUUUCAAAGAAACAUCAAACUACAGAUCAAAAUUUAUUAUAUUUGCUGAAAAUAAAGAUGCAAUUUGAUAUCAGAAGGUUUGAUAUUUAUCGGAAAAUUCCUAAAGACCUGACACAGCCUACUCAUGCUGGUGCAAUAAUCUCAAUUCUUAGUGCUCUGGUCAUGGUAUUCCUUUUUCUAUCAGAAUUUUAUAGCUUCAUUUCCCCUGAAAUUGUUAGUGAAUUGUUUGUUGAUAUGGCUGGAUCAUCAAAAGAGAGAAUGAAGACUAGUCUUAAUUUAACACUACCAAGGAUGAAAUGUGAUGUCGUUGGUUUGGAUAUCCAAGAUGAAAUGGGAAGGCAUGAGGUUGGUUUUCAAGAAAAUACUCAAAAGUGGGAAAUAAAUGACGGAGAGGGAUGUAAAUUUCAAGGACGAUUUGAGAUAAACAAGGUUCCAGGAAAUUUUCAUGUUUCAACUCAUGGUGCUGGACAGCAGCCGGAUUCAGUAGACAUGGCUCAUGUGAUUGAUGGCUUACGAUUUGGUGAUGAGAUUCAUAUGGAAAAUAUCGAUGCGGCGUUUGUAUCUUUGAAUAAUUUAAACAAGGAAGAUUCGAAUGGUCUGUCCUCACAUGACUAUGUCUUGAGGGUCGUUCCAACAAUUUACGAGAAAUUGGAUGGAACUCAGCUGUAUUCAUUUCAGUACACUUGGGCAUAUAAGGACUAUGUUUCAUAUGGCCACGGUGGACGAGUUAUGCCAGCGAUAUGGUUCCGUUAUGACCUAAGCCCAAUUACAGUGAAAUAUGUGGAAAGACGGAAACCAUUUUAUCACUUUAUCACAACUGUUUUUGCAAUCGUAGGUGGAACUUUCACAGUUGCCGGAAUUAUCGACUCGUUGCUUUUUACAGCUUCUGAGGUUUACAAGAAAUUUCAACUGGGUAAGCUUACUUAGGUCCAGUAAGAAUUAAAAUUCUCAUCGUGCAUCGGCAUCUGAAGCAAAAACUCUCGUUGCAAACAUUUCGUAGUAUCUAUUUUAAAAAAAUGCAGUGUUUUGAACAUGCUUUAACAAUAAAAACGAUUGAAGAAGAUAUUUUUCUCGCGCGUGAUACAAUCAUGACUGGAAAUUGACCAAUCAUCUGCAUUCGAACCGUUCUAAUAGUGAGCUUAAGCAAGCGACGUUUUUGACAACACAAACGGCAUGAGUAACGCCAAAAGACUGGGUCAAGGAUUG